AUGAUCGAUGAGAUAGAGAGCAAGACGAAAGUUGUCCCAGUAUUAGGAUUAGUAUGGGAUUUAGAAAAAGAUAGUUUGAGUUGCAAGAUCGAAGAAACAUUUAACUUGAGGGAACCUAUUACCAAAAGAAAAGUUUUGUCAAUUACCCAGAAAAUUUUUGAUCCCAUUGGCUUUACUGCACCGAUAACUGUAAUUCCUAAGCUAAUUUUGCAAGAAACAUGGAACCAGAAGAUUAAGUGGGAUGAAGAUCUUCCUCUUCCCCUAAGUGAGCAGUUUGGGACUUGGUUGAACCAAUUGCCUCUGCUAUCUCAGAUUGAAAUUCCUCGUUGGUUAAAUAUUGAUUACGAAAACGAAGAUACCGUAGGUGCCAGGCUUGCCAAAACAAUUCUAUCAGAUUUGAAACUUAAGAAUUGUAGAACAGUGUUCUGGAGUGAUUCUUCUACAGCUUUGGGGUGGAUAAGAAGGGAUCAAGCAUGGGGUACGUUUGUUCACAAUCGAGUACAAGAAAUAAGAUCGCUUACCAGAAUAUCUGACUGGAGGCAUGUACCUGGAAGUUUAAACCCAGCGGAUCUCCCAUCGAGAGGAUGUACUAUUGAGCAAUUACAGAAAUCGGCAUGGUGGGAGGGCCCAUCGUGGCUUUACUUACCAGAAGACGAGUGGCCCCAUGUAGAAGAAAAGCCUGAUGAAGAACUUAUAAACAAGGAAAAAAGGAAAACGAUUCUGACUCUUCUAGAUCAUGGAGACAAUUUGGACCGGUACUACAAAUACUUCUCUUCAUAUAGAAAAACCGUGAGAAUGAUCGCUUGGAUUUUCAGGUUUUAUCACAAUUUAAAGAACAAAGAUAAAAACCUCACUCCUGAUGUCUCAGUUGAUGAAUUGGAGAAUGCUGAAAAGGCACUUUGUAGAUUGGUACAGAAAGAAUCAUUUACAGGCAUAAACGAUCCCGCUAUUCGUGCGCUGAGACCAAUCGUAGACCAAAAUGGAAUUUUAAGAGCCAAAACGAACGUCCUACAGCGUCAAGAUAAUGAAAAUUUCCGAUAUCCUAUCAUUUUACCUUCAAAACAUAUUCUUGUUGAGAGACUAAUUUACGAGAAACAUCUAGAACUCCAAGUGGAAGUCGAGCCAGGAUUUCCACCCGAAGAUCGAGUCAGAGAAGGGGCGACUUUUGAAGUCGUCGGUGUAGAUCUAGCGGGUCCUCUCUAUCUCCGUGAGGGGUCUAAAGCGUGGAUAGUCUUGUAUACAUGUGCCAUUUAUAGAGCCAUUCACCUCGAACUAGUUACUUCUCUAUCUACAGAAACUUUCAUCCAAUCUUUACGUAGAUUCAUUGCCAGAAGAGGUAGACCUUAUGUGAUAUAUUCCGACAACGGAACUAAUUUUGUAGGGACUAACAGUGUUCUUAAGAAAGUUAAUUGGAACGCCAUAUGUUCAGCUGCUUCUAUCCAAAGGAUACGAUGGAAGUUCAACCCUCCGACCGCCGCCUGGUGGGGAGGUUGGUGGGAGAGGCUUGUGCGAAUGGUGAAAGAAAAUUUAAGAAGAGUGUUAGGUCGAACGUCCUUAAAUUAUGAAGAAUUAUAUACUAUAUUAUGUGACUGUGAACAAGUGAUUAAUUCGCGACCUAUCACAUACGUAUCAGAGGAUAAUCAAGAUCCAUCACCACUGACCCCUAUGAUGUUUCCUGCAAGAAUUGCCGUCAUCAGGAGUUCCUGA